AUGAGAUGCCGAAAAGAACGCGGUGGUCUGUUCUUCGCAAAUGCUUCCUCGACCUGGUCGCAUGUUGGGCUGUAUGAGCUCGGGAGUAAUCUCCAGCUUGGUGAUGCCGGCUACGGCGACUACGGUUACGAUCUUAUCGGUCUCAACAACGAUGUUUCUGUCUCGGAUCAAGUUAUUAGCAUGAUCACUACAGUCAAAUGGUGGAUCGGUUCGAUAGGACUUGGCGUCACAGACACGAAUUUCACAGACGAGAAUAAACUGUCUCUCUUGAGCAGCCUGGUACAGAACAUGAGCAUAGUGCCUAGCCAUAGCUAUGGCUAUACUGCUGGCGCCUUUUAUCAGAUGAAAGGUGUACCAACAUCUCUUACUUUUGGAGGGUUUGACAGGAGCAGAUUCAUUCCCAACGAGGUUUCCUUCUUUUUGUCUCCAGACAAUUUGCCUGCCGUUACCAUAAAGUCCGUCAAGGUUAAGACUGGCCCGAUAUCGAAUUCAAACUCGUUGGCUGGCGAUUUGGCCAUCGAUCUAUCCUCUAGCGGGACUUUUGUAAUAGACUCAUCUACACCUUUUCUGUGGUUUCCUGAGCAGAUUUGUGAUUCACUUGCCGGGAAGCUCGGCUUGAUUUAUAACAAUACCCUGGACCUCUAUACAUACGGGCCCAACAUCUCUACCUACGAUGCUAUCGCUGGAUCAAACAUCUCUUUUACCUUCACUUUAUCCGAUCUCCCAGAUUCGUCAAAGUCCGUGAACAUAACGCUACCUUUCGCUGCCUUUGAUCACAAACUUACAUACCCUUAUCCUGGCCUUGAUCAGAAUCAAAACAGCGAGGGCCUCCGUUACUUUCCACUUAGGCGGACGACCGACCCAAAGAAACUUACAAUCGGUAGAGUGUUUCUCCAAGAAGCAUAUCUAACAGUCGACUACGAACGCCGUAACUUUUCCAUUUCCCAGGCUACUUUCAACCCUGAUUCCGGAAUUAGCAUGGACCUUGUGGCCAUUACUUCCCCUCCAGACAGUACGUUCCCUAGCGGACACGGUGUCACAGCGGAUCGGAAAAUUCCCAAAGCUGCUAUAGUAGGCGUUACUCUCGGCGUUUGUGCGGCAGUCGUAAUCGUCUCCUUGAUCGUACUCUGGUUCCACAGAAAACGGCGGUCCCGGGAGUUAUCCAUAAGCGAAAAAGAAGAGAAUCCACCCAGAUUUAAAUUUCUUUGGAAAUUCUGGCGCAGACCUGUUUCUCCCUCUAUGCCAGCAGAGUUAGUUGCUGAUAAACACCAUCCCGUUGAAGCAGAUAACGCUGCCAUCCGCUACGAACUACCGGCAGCCACUCCUGUUGAAUUACCAGCGACUGAGAUAUCCGGUCACCGGUACGGAUAUUUGCAGAAGGCUCACGACUUGGGCACGGAAGGAAACGAACCACCACCUCCACCUCUUAUCCAGUAUCAUCACUUAACGACCAAUCCUUCAGAACAGGACCUCGUUAGCCCUAUAGGACCAGGUUCGACCCUUGGCGCCUCAGAACUAAACAAUAGUCUCGGCAUCCCGUCUCCCAUUGCCACAUCUACUAAUUCCACAUCCCUAUCACAUCAAAGACCCGAUUCAUCACCUUCACUGCUCACGUCAUGUCAGCACGCUUUAGAGCCGCCAAAUACCAGUACUUCUACUAGUGCGACCCUCGACUCCCAGCCCCAGGGUGAACCCAAACCGGAUCUCACUAGGAAAUUCAGCUGGGAGAAAUAA